AUUAGUUGCUUGGCGGAUGCUGUAGAGCACAGAUGACUCUGGCAUGGCAGUCCAGCAAUUUGUGGUGCUCUUUCUGGUGCUCGUUUCGACGAGCUGUGCUCAAUAUCUACACAAGCUUACGAGUCUGAGACGCUUCUCGUGCAGUCGAGAUGCUCGGGAACAGCCACUUAAUCUAACUGCUAUGUCGGGCUAUUGGUAUGAGGCAGCUCGCAUACCUAACAUGGAUAUUAUGAAGUGCCUGAAUGUUUCGGUGCCGCCAACUGCAGAUGGAAAACUCAAGCUGAGGCUGGAGUACAUUAGCACAAUCCAUGGCGAAAUUCAUGCUGUCAAGGAAACGGUUUCAUUUCCAUGGAAUAAUUUCACCAAGACCAGCAUAUUUCAGUUGCAUUAUAAAACUGUCAAAAUGAACGUCACAGUCACCUAUAAGGUUGUCUAUAGCGAUCCUCAACUGAUGACCGUACUCUGCGGCUACUCGAGCAUCUCGCCUUUUCCGCUCUUCAAACUGUUGACGCGUCAGCGAAGGUUAGAUCAAAAUAUUGCCAAUAUUGUCUAG